CCCCUCCAACCCAGCAGUGAAAACAACACAUCACUGUUUCGCAUUGGCACGGGCCCUUCUGCGGCGGCUCGGGCGUCCAUGCUCCAUGCAAGGGCUGCUGCGGCCAGUUUGCUGCGCAGGCAAAGGAGCUUUCCGCACUUGGAGCGUUCAGGCACCAUGCCGGCUCGCGCGGAUGCCAGCCCAAAGUCAUUUGCUAGGUCGUAGGACGUUUUCCCAAGGCUUGACCCCAGAGGGGCUGCCGCAACGUAUCACCAACAAGGAUUUGGACGCUUGGGCGAAAGACGUGCGUGGCCACGCCUACAGCAGGGCUUCGGUGGAGCCUUACACCAUCUCCCCGGUGAGACACUUCGGCCAGGGAGCCGAGUUGCCGGGCUGGUCGGCGCACUUCCUCUCGACCAGCGGUCUGAAGACCAGUGGCGUCCCGAAUCAGGACUCUUACUCCUUCACCACUUUGCAGUGCGGCUGGAUCCUUUGCAUCGCAUGCGAUGGGCAUGGGGAGCAUGGCGAGAUCAUCGCGGAGCGGGUCUCCCGGGUGUUGCCUUUGAUCUUCUCGGCCUAUGUGGCGUCCCAGGGCGCUGAGGAGGCCUUGCGGCAGGCCUUCAUGGUUGCCCAGACGGACCUGGAGCGCAGCUUCGGGCCCAUGCAGGUCUAUAGCGGUGCCACCGUGAUCAUGUGCUGCAUGCGGGACAACGCAGACGCCAUUUGGUGCGCGCACGUCGGAGACUCCCGGCUCGUCAUGGGUGAUUUGGAGACAGGCCAGCCAGUCUACUGCAGCACUGAGCACAAGGCACACGACGCGGAGGAGUACAAGCGCCUGGAAGCGGCAGGAGCACACGUGAUCCAGAAGAGGUAUGACGAUGGCGAAGUGGUCAGCCGCAUCUUCAUUCCCAAGACUGGUGUGCCUGGUCUGGCGAUGUCGCGCUCCAUGGGCGACGGAUGCCUGAAGAGGUAUGGCGUGACCGCGGAGCCGGACAUCUUCGAUAUCACAGAUUCCUGGCAGAGUUGUACUUCGCCUGGCGUGAUCAUGGGAAGCGACGGCUUGUGGGUCUGGUCUCCCGAAUGUGCGACGUCGGGGUGCGGCUUGCCAUGAGUGCGUUGAUCCUCGAUUUCGCUGUGGGAUGAAGAUGAGCGCCAUGGAUUUGUAGCGAGGGUACACGAAGCUUUUGGCAUAAGCCUCUAGUUGUCCGUGGUGCUUAGUUUCAGUUGUACUCUUGUUUGUGCAUGGUACUGUAAUGGUGUAUAUACAUCCAUCUACCAAAUCUAAGUUGAGAACAACAUGAACUUCUAGAAUCUAUCAAACAGUCGCCUAAUUGAGGGUGCUGAUAUGUGAUAUGUAGCUCAUAGCAAGAAGCAAGCCAUGUCCUCAGUUCUCACUCACACACACCCACAUAUUCCUUAUGGAGGCAGCUUGUCCGCAGAAAACAUGCCAGGGUCGAAUCAACCUCAGAAACAUCCAUAAACCCACCUUGGACAGCCAACCCCAUUGCUUUGCCCAGCUCUCCCGCUCGUGGCUGCUGCUAGUUCCGGCUCCAGCUUUGCGAGCCAAAGUUGCUCGUGGAGAGUUGGGUGGCUGCUAUUAG